ACUCUUCUUCAAUACCGUACUCAAACAAGACCGACAAUUAUCCAAGCUGUUCACAAAGACUGAAGUUCGUUGGACGGAUCAAUGUCUCCAUGGAAGAAAUUCCACUGCAAAAACUGGAAGAAAAAUUCAAGUAUCUAAAACCGGGCGGUCACUACAUUCCAGAUGGUUGUAAGCCUAUGAAUCGGGUUGCGAUUAUCAUCCCGUUCCGCGAUAGAGAAUCUCACCUACAUAUCCUUCUAAAUAAUAUGCAUCCAUUUCUUACCAAGCAAAUGUUAGACUACUCAAUUAUAGUUGUCGAACAGACAGCAAACCAAACGUUCAACCGAGCUAAGCUACUCAAUGUUGGAUAUGUGGAGGCAAAUAAAAUGUAUGAUUGGCAGUGUUAUGUAUUCCAUGACGUAGAUCUUCUACCAGAGGAUGACCGUAAUCUACACGUUUGUCCUGACAAAAAUCCUCGACACAUGGCAGUGGCAGUGAAUAAAUUCAACUACAAGCUCUUUUAUCAAGAAAUGUUUGGUACAAGUUCUGCUCUUACAAAGGAUCAAUUUAACAAAACAAAUGGAUUUUCAAAUCGAUAUUGGGGAUGGGGUGGUGAAGACGACGACAUGUACUACAGAUGUCGAUACAAAUUAUUGGAACACACGAAAGACGAUUGGAAAGGAGACGGCCUAAACUCUUUGAAAUAUAAAAUUCUCAAUAUCACAUCGAAGCCACUGUUUACGCAUAUCCUUGUCGAUUUAUUAGAAGCAGAAGAAAGGGCUUCUGUAGAAGCAAAACUUUGUCACUGA